UGAAGAAGGGCGGUCCACGCUUGGCCGCUGCCAAGAUGGCGGUGGACAUUGGCCUGCCUAAGGCCCGAAGGCUGGUGAGGGCCAACGCCGAUGGCGAGAGGCAGAAACAUUUGGUCGUGCCGGGGGAUACGAUCACCACGGACCCCGGGUUCAUGCGAGGUCAUGGAACCUAUAUGGAAAAUGAGAAGCUCAUAGCAUCCGUGGUGGGCUGUGUGGAGAGAGUAAACAAACUGAUCUGCGUGAAAGCUUUGAAAACAAGAUACAAUGGUGAAGUUGGAGAUAUCGUGGUGGGAAGAGUUACAGAGGUUCAGCAGAAGCGAUGGAAGGUGGACACCAAUUCCAGGCUUGACUCAGUCUUACUUCUCUCCUCCAUGAAUCUCCCAGGAGGAGAAUUGAGAAGAAGAUCAGCAGAGGAUGAACUUGCAAUGAGGGACUUCUUGCAGGAGGGGGACCUGAUCAGUGCUGAGGUCCAGGCAGUGUUUUCUGAUGGCGCUGUGUCUCUGCACACUCGGAGUCUGAAAUACGGCAAACUAGGGCAGGGUGUGCUGGUCCAGGUUUCUCCUUCCUUGGUGAAACGGCAGAAGACUCACUUCCACGACUUGCCCUGCGGCGCUUCGAUAAUUCUGGGCAAUAAUGGCUUCAUCUGGAUCUAUCCAACAUCUGAGCAAAAAGAAGAGGAGGCAGGGGGCUUUAUCGCCAAUCUGGAGCCCAUCCCCAUGUCAGAUCGUGAGGUGAUAUCCAGGCUCCGGAAUUGUGUCGUGUGUCUGGUUUCUCAGAAGGUGAUGUUAUACGACACCAGUAUCCUCUAUUGUUAUGAAGCGUCUCUUCCCCAUCAGAUCAAGGACAUCUUAAAGCAAGAGGUCAUGGAGGAGAUUGCAUUGGAAACUCGCCAGAGACUUAUGGAGCUGGAGGGAUAGGAAGAUAAGAAGGACUGGAACAGAGAUUGCCGGUCUUUGGUCUCCACGUUCCCCUUCCCCCAUUAUUGAGAUGUAAAGCCCCAUCCACACAGACCGGCAGAGCACGUAUAAGCAAGCUUUCAAAAAAUGUCAAAACAAUGCUGCAAAAGCAUAUAUUCCGUGGACCGAGGGGUUGGACGACGGUGCAAGGCUACGGAACCACUCAUUUCUUACUGUUGUUCAUUUUUUAAAUUAAGUUCUGAAUUAGGAGUUUCGCACUGGUGUCCCCAUUAAAUUAUAAGCUCCUUAAGGCCAGGGGUAACUUAUUCUUUGUUAAGUCCCGAGCCCCUCACUUGCCAUAUUGUUUUUGUUGUUGUUUGUUUAUGUUUUAAAGUGGAUGAUGUGAAAGGAUCCACUUGGAAUUUUACCCAAAAAGUGUGGUCUUCCAUUA